AUGAUGUGUGCAUAUAAAUGCAACCAUCUCAUAUUGUAUAAAAAUAUAACUGUAUCUGAUUACUCAUAUAUACACAGUGUAAGAGAUCAUAGAGAUAGACAUGGCGACUUCCACAUUCUCGUCUCGUGGUGCACAAACGAUGAACACCAUGUUCGUCAAGCCGAUGCUUAGGAAAUCGAUCCACAAGAAGAGUGCUUCGCACGACAUAGUGAGGGAGACGGCGAAGACAGACUCUGGAGGCGCCGGAGAGGAGAUGAAGACGAUGAGAGGUUUCUCCGUCGCCGGAGAGACGUCGUCGUCAGCGAAUAGUUGGGUCCCACAUGAAGGCACGGGAAUAUACUAUCCAAAGGGGCAAGAGAAAGUGAUGCAAGAUGUGCCACCUCCUCCAGCUGGCAGCCACGUGGACGAGCUCGUUAAUUGGUUCUCUUGAUGAUGGCAAAAGAAGCUCUAUUGUUCGUUCUCUCUGUGUUCGUCUAAUUAUUGUUGUAAGGGGGCAAAAAACUUUAAUUUUCUGUGUCUUCUGAUACAUAUGUGUGUAAUUAAGUUGUAAUAUGUAUGGUAAUAUAAUCGAUGAUGAUGAUGAAUAAUGAUGGU